CGGCGGCCAUGGCGCGGGGAGACGCCCCGCAGGACAGCUACCACUUGGUCGGGAUCAGCUUCUUCAUCCUGGGCCUGGGCACCCUCCUUCCCUGGAACUUCUUCAUCACCGCCAUCCCGUACUUCCAGGGGCGGCUGGCCGGGGCCAACAGCACAGCUGGGACCCUGAGCACCAACCACACGGGCCCCACAGACACCUACAACUUCAACAACUGGGCGACCCUGCUAUCCCAGCUGCCGCUGCUGCUCUUCACCUUCCUCAACUCCUUCCUGUACCAGCUCAUCCCGGAGACAGUGCGGAUUCUGGGCAGCCUGCUGGCCAUCCUGCUGCUCUUCACCCUGACGGCAGCGCUGGUCAAGGUGGACGUGAGCCCCGAGCCCUUCUUCUCCAUCACCAUGACCUCUAUCUGGUUCAUCAACUCCUUCAGUGCAGUUCUGCAGGGCAGCCUCUUCGGGCAGCUGGGCACCAUGCCCUCCACCUACAGCACUCUCUUCCUCAGCGGCCAGGGCCUGGCUGGCAUCUUUGCCGCCCUCGCUAUGCUCCUGUCCAUGGCCAGUGGCGUGGAUGCCCAGACUUCCGCCCUGGGGUACUUCAUCACGCCCUGUGUGGGCAUCCUCAUGUCCACUGUGUGUUACCUGAGCCUGCCUCACCUGGAGUUUGCCCGUUACUACCUGGCCAAGAAGCCACCCCAGGCCCAAGCUCAAGAGCUGGAGACCAAAGCUGAGCUCCUCCAGGCUGAUGAGAAGAACGGGAUUCCCAACAGCCCCCAGAAGGCAGCCUUGACUCUGGACCUUGACCCUGAGAAGGAGCUAGAGAUGGAGCCAGAGGAGCCCCAGAAGCCAGGGAAACCUGUCUUAGUCGUCUUCCAAAAGAUCUGGCUGACAGCGCUGUGCCUUGUGUUGGUCUUCACAGUCACUCUGUCUGUCUUCCCUGCCAUUACAGCCAUGGUGACCAGCUCCACCAGCCCCGGGAAGUGGAGUCAGUUCUUCAACCCCAUUUGCUGCUUCCUUCUCUUCAAUGUCAUGGACUGGCUGGGACGCAGCCUGACCUCUUACUUCCUGUGGCCGGACAAGGACAGCCGGCUGCUGCCACUGCUGGUCUGCCUGCGCUUCCUGUUCGUGCCGCUCUUCAUGCUGUGCCAUGUGCCCGAGAGGUCCCGGCUGCCCACCCUCUUCCCCCAGGAUGCCUACUUCAUCACCUUCAUGCUGCUCUUUGCUGUCUCCAACGGCUACCUGGUGUCCCUCACCAUGUGCCUGGCGCCCAGGCAGGUGCUGCCGCCUGAGCGGGAGGUGGCCGGUGCUCUCAUGACCUUCUUCUUGGCCCUGGGGCUCUCCUGCGGAGCCUCCCUCUCCUUCCUCUUCAAGGCUCUGCUCUGAAGGGGCCCCGCCCAGGCUCUCCCAGCUUUCCUCUUCCCGCUGCCCCUUCCGGAGCCGAGAGCCAGCC